AUGAGUGGGAGUGAUGAUGGCAAGAUAUUGCAUUUAGAGGUAAACAGAAGAUGUGGAGACCAAGGAUCAUGUAGUUGUCCAGGCGAGAAACCAGAUGGUGGUGUAGAAGUCAAAAAGGGGUCCAGCAAUCAAAAUGCUGUUGGUUUUGUUUCCCUUACUCAUUACCUUAAGGAUGGAACAAUUUCCCUUAAAAAAGACCUAGAUGGAGGUGAUAAACUUGAAGGUUCAGAUGUUUCUAACGUUAAGGAUGUUUCCGUUUACUAUUGGGAGGAAGACAAGGAACAUACAAAACCACUUCUUAUUGAGGUUAAUAAUGGUGAAGUCAAGCCAAGAUAUUACAAAAAAUCUAAAGAGGGGGAGUCAGGAAGUACUGACACACAUAUCUGGAAGCUUCAUGACAAUUCUGAUGGCACAUCCUUACAGGCUUUGUUAGACGAUAGAAACUGUGUAUGGCAUAAUGUAAUUCCAUUUUAUCUUGAUGAGCCAGAAAAAGGUAUAGGUACUAGUUCAGAUUGUGCAAAAAAUAAAAAUGUCGAAUUUGUUAGGCCAUCUCCACUUUCUGGGAGUGAAUACAUGGUUACUGAGUAUAAGCUUAAUGGUGAUGGAAGUACCAGAUUUUCGAGGGUUAUGCUUGAUAAAGAUAGGGUAAAUGGUAUCAUUAUCCCUAAUGAUAUAAUUAGUAAUAUUCGACUAUAUUCAUCGCCGAUUAAUGAUAGUGCCACACCAAUUAUGUUUGAGUUUGUUGGUAAUACUGGAGGAGACUCUAAAUGGUACUUUAAUCAAGGUGGAAAUGGUAUUCAAUGGCCACAAGAUGCAGGAUCCAGUGGGUUCUAUAACGGCAAAGAUAAUCUUUUAUCUCAACUCACGGAGAAGUUUACUAAGAAGUUAGACGGGCUAGUUUGUGAAUACCAUAAUGGUGUAACCAUUGAUUUAUCACAUAGUAUAUCUACAUCAGGGGGAAGCUACUGUUGUGAUCAACAUAAAGGUAAGGGUGGUAUGGUAACUGUAGAGGCAAUAGAAAUUAAAAAUGAAUCCAGCUCAAGUCAUACCACAGUAUAUAGACACUCCAUUAAAGAUUCUCAACAUAAGUUGGUUGACAUUAAAUUCUACAAGGAUGAUGAUCAGAGUCAAAGAAGACAUAUACAGUCCACCAGCUUAAACUUUCCAAUUCCUGGCCCUGUGGAAAUUUACACCUUUUAUUCUAAUGGUAGUAGAGACCCUAAGCUUAUAUACGUUCACAAGGAUUCGGACAAUAGAGCUACUGGAUGGUACCAAAUGCAGGGCACUAGUGGUAAUGACAGGAAGUGGAAGAAAACCUAUCAAAAACUCAAGGGUAUUGAUAAAGGUAAGAUAGAAAGCCGCAACCUAGGCUGUCAACAGUGGAAUUAUCUUGUAAAGGAGCUUAAGCACACUAACAGUGACUUGCAAGAAUGUCCUCAAGAGAUUGCUAAACAACAACUAGAACAACGAGCAGAACUACGUGCUGAAGACGGUGCUAAACAAAUGGAACUAGCACCUGAAGAACUAGGACAAGAAGCAGCUAAAGAGGAAGAGAAAAAGAAAAGGACUGAAGAAGACUUAUCUAAACUUACUGUUGCUGCUUCUGCUCCUCAUCAAGGUACCGAAGCUGCUGCUGAACCUCCUACUGGUCCUCCUGGAGCUCCAUCUACUUCUACUAAAUCUCCUCCUACUGCUUCUCAUGGAUCUACUCCUCCAGCUCCUUCUGAAGAACCUCAAGCUGCUGAAUUUGGUGCUGAAGCCGGUCUUACUACUGCUGCCACUAGUCUAUGGUUAACCUUUGGAGCAUCUUCUGGUACCCUUACCGGAGCUGGUGGUCUUACUGGACUUGGUUGGUGGGCAUUUAAACGUUCUAGAGGAGAUCCUUGGGUUAGACAGAUUUAG